AUGAUUGCGCGAGAUUCUGACCCAGGGAUUAAUCCCCUCGAAGUCCCGGCUAUACUGUUCGGUAUCACUAUAGGCUUAACAAUGCUGGCAACUUUCAAGGCAUCGCAGCAGACCUUUCAAAUCUACUCAAGAACAAAGUCGGCGACCAAAUUGUACCCUUGGAUGAUCUGGAUCUUCCUCCUCACCAAUAUCUCUCAAGCAGUAACGAAUUGGCUCCUAGCUCACGGAGACUUUGUAAAAAGCAUUGGUUCCAGUAUUGGAAGCUGUAUGCUCUGGAUUUUACAAACACAACUCGCUCCCCAAAUCCUUGCGAAUCGACUAGGGCUUCUCCUAGUAGAUAAAAAACGGGCAAAAAUGAUGAAAUUUGGGUUGUUGGUCAUAGUUGGGGUCAUUAAUAUCUCAGUGACCUGCAUAUACAUUGCAGGGUACUCCAUCAACCCGAAAUAUUUCACUCAUCUGCACAAGAUUUGGGACCCUAUCGACAAAGUUGUUGAUUUACUAAUCGACAUUUCGCUGAACACGGUAUUCCUACGGAUUAUUCAACAUGAGUUUGUUGCCGACGGCCUUCAAAAUUGCCCGGUGUGCACAACGAUACAACGAUAUGACUUGACUACAAUUACUCAACUACAUAACCCUAUAUGGAAUGAACCGUACCUCUACGCUAUGACUCACCCAAUGGCCUACACUAUGAAAUUGAUUAUCGAAAUGACGAUGGCGGAUUUGAUAUCGUCGAUUGCAAAAAGACCACACCAAAUGCAAGAGUUUUCGGAACAGAUCUGUACCGUGCUAUCGAUAGCUUGUUACUACACCCUUCCGUCAAAGCCUUUCAAUCAAGUAUGGGCGAGGGACUGGUCUCUUGCGGUUUCUAAGACGCACUUAUCUUGGUUUCCUGUCGCAAACUUUGGAAACUAUCUCGACUCAUUGCCAGCAACUGUCCAGCGUUUUCGGGAGUCUCCAGGGUUCCCCUCUGUGCUACGCGAAUCUGGCCUUGUCACCUUCGUGUGGACCAUACCUAAUCAUCUAUCCAAGCCUAAUGAUUCGCCAGAGCAGCGCUGA